CGCGCUGCUCGGGUCGCUCACGGACGCGGGCCGGAACUCCCUCGUGACGCCGCACCGGUUCCUGCCGCGGCCCGCGCCGGACCAGUUCCCGCGCGAUCUCGUCUCGCGGAUGCUCGCCGGCAGCGCGGGCAAGCGCGUCCGGUCCGCGUUCGCCGUCGCGCCCGUGACCGGGCCGCCGAACCUCACGGCGACGGCCUGGCCCGAGCGGCCCGUGGAGGUCGUCGUCGACGACGAGGCGACGGCGCGGUGCUGCUUCGUCAAGGCGCGCUGCGCGCACUUCCUCCAGCCCGCGCGCAAGGACAAGCGCGUCGGCCUCGUGCCGGACCCGAACCUCGCGCUCUUCGUCACCGCGGCCCAGGGCGGCUCGGACCCCAUGAUCGCAGGCAACGGCGAUCUCGUCUCCGGCGAGCGGUACCGCGCUUUGAUGUCGAUCUUCCACGACGCCGUGAACGACUCGGACGAGUACCGCUACAUUUUGAUGCUCCGCGUCUGGCACCCGGAGCUCACGGACACGGAGCGGGCCGCGCUCCAGUUCCUCUUCGACGUCCUCGACGUGCCCGACCUCGUCAGCGACGACCCCGUCGCCGUCUUCGCCGCGGAGGCGGAGCUCGCGGGUUUGAGGACGCGACCCGAGGAGCGCGCCAAGCUCGCGCCCGGCGCUGCGAAACCGAAGAAGAACAAGAAGGGCGGCAAGAAGAAGAAGAAGGGCAAGGCGGCGGGGUUCGGGGUAGCGCUGUAA